AUGUGGCUCAGUUUUACCAACAACAGAAGAAAGAAACGUCUUUUGUUUGUAGUAUACCUUGAGAGCGUAUUAUACAAGACUGAUGGAGAGACGCAGCAGCAAGAAACGUCCUAUGCGUACCAAUAUCACAAAACGUUUAGCAUAGGAUUUUACGUCCGCUGCUCAUACAACGACUCCUUUCUUGUUUAUCGGUAUCGUCGCGGCGAAGAUUGCAUCGCAUGGUUUGUUGAAGAACUCAAAGAAUUCGCUAAUCGGAUAAAAAUCAUUCUAUCUACCAAUGUGUCCAUGGAAACGUUAACAGAAGAACAAAAACCAGCUUAUCGUAACGCGAGUCACUGUCACGUGUGCGAAAAAUCAUUUGCAGCAGAUGACAUACAAGUUCGCGAUUAUUGUCAUCUGACUGAUCGAUACAGAGGUCCUGCGCACUCCAACUGCAACUUAAAUUAUAAAGAUUCACAUUAUAUCCCAAACGUCACGCAACCGGAAAAAAGUAGUUCAAAGAGUUACAAUAUAGAGUUGCGAUUUAUUGAUUCGUACAAAUUUCUCAGUGCUAGCCUCGAUAAACUAGCAUCGUUUCUUAACAAAGACAAGUUAAAAAUUUUACAAUCAGAAUUUAGAAAUUUAUCCGUCGAAAACUUUAAGUUAUUAACGCGUAAAGGAGUCUUUCCGUACGAAUAUGUAGACUUUGUCGACAAGUUGCAAGAGCGACGUUUACCACCGCGUGAGUCAUUCUACAGUUCCUUGACCGGUGAAACGAUAUCUGAGAGUAAAUAUGCACACGCUGUAAACAUCUGGCAACAAUUUUCUAUUAGUACGUUAGGUGAAGACAGUGAUUUAUAUUUGAAGACUGAUGUUUUAUUAUUGGCUGAUAUAUUUGAGAAUUUCCGCGAAAGUUGUAUCCGAAGUUAUGGAUUAGAUCCUGCGCAUUAUUAUACUUUACUCGGUUACACGUGGGACGCUAUGCUAAAACACACAGGCAUAACGUUCGACCUGCUCACAGAUGUUGAUAUGGUUAUGUUUAUCGAACGCGGUCUUAGUCAGUGCAGCGCAAGAUACGCGCACGCUAAUAACAAGUACAUGCAGAUGUAUGACACAUCAAAACCAACGUCAUAUCUCAUGUAUUUUGAUAUAAAUAACUUGUACGGCUGGGCAAUGUGUCAGCCACCGUAUGAUGCAUUCCAAUGGGUAGACAACGUCUGGAGUGUCGACGUGAUGUCUGUGGCAUCAACCUUAGAUAUCGGUUACAUCCUUGAAGUCGACCUCGAGUAUCCUCGCAAACUGCACGACGUGCACGCUGACCUACCGUUCUGUCCGACGCGUGAUAAGCCGCCUGGCAACGACAGGAGAAGCUGCUCGCAACACUACAUAACAAAACGCGUUACAUCAUUCACUAUCGUGCCCUGCAACAAUGUGUGCGGUCUUUGUAUUACAAAGAUCCACCGCAUAUUACAAUUCAUGCAAUCUCAGUGGCUCCGCAGUCACAUUAAAUUAAAUACACAAUUUCGAACGCUUGCUAAAAACGACUUUGAAAAAAAUGUAUACAAAUUGAUGAAUAAUGCGGUUUUUGGUAAAACUAUGGAAAAUGUGCGUAAUCAUGUAGAUAUAAAACUCUUAACAAAGUGGGAUGGAAAAUACGGUGUGGAAGCACUGAUCUCCCGACCAAAUUUUCAUAGCCGAAGCGUCUUUUCUGAAAAUUUUAUUGCAGUUGAAUUGCGCAAACUCAAGGAUUACAUGACACCUUUAUACCGAGAUAAAUGCAAAAUUAUGUACACCGACACAGACAGUCUCAUUUAUUUCAUCAAAUGCGAAGACAUGUACGAUAUCAUGAAACGUGAUAUCGUACGAUUUGAUACAGGUGAUUAUCCGACUGAUAACGUGUAUGGUAUACCGCGCGCCAACAAAAAGGUUCUAGGAUUGAUGAAGGAUGAAAAUAACGGAAUUAUAAUGACUGAAUUUGUCGGACUUCGAGCAAAAAUGUAUGCAUUGAAGGUAGACGGAAAGAGAGACAUGAAAAAAACCAAAGGUGUAAAGAGUAGGGUCGUAGCGAGAACAUUAACGUUUGAUGAUUACAAGUAG